GGUGGCAGAGAUUCACCUUAGAGAUCCCAGGGAGACUGUGGGUACGAGGUGGACUUGGCUGUUUUUCUGCUGCUCGCCUUCCACUAUGAAGGAAGACCAAGUUGUACUGGAAGAACCAGGUUUCCAGGAUGAAGAGGAAUCUUUGUUUCAAGACAUUGACCUAUUACAAAAACAUGGAAUUAAUGUGGCUGACAUUAAGAAACUAAAGUCAGUAGGCAUCUGUACCAUCAAAGGGAUACAAAUGACAACAAGAAGAGCCCUGUGCAAUGUCAAAGGGCUUUCAGAAGCAAAAGUGGACAAGAUUAAAGAGGCAGCCAACAAACUUAUUGAACCAGGGUUCUUGACCGCAUUUGAGUAUAGCGAGAAGAGGAAGAUGGUUUUCCAUAUCACCACUGGGAGCCAGGAAUUUGAUAAGUUGCUGGGAGGUGGAAUUGAAAGCAUGGCAAUCACAGAAGCUUUUGGAGAGUUUCGCACUGGAAAAACCCAGCUCUCUCAUACCCUCUGUGUGACAGCUCAACUUCCAGGAGCAAGUGGCUACCCAGGAGGAAAGAUUAUCUUCAUUGAUACAGAAAAUACUUUCCGUCCAGAUCGCCUCCGGGACAUUGCAGAUCGCUUCAAUGUAGACCACGACGCAGUGCUGGACAAUGUGCUCUAUGCCCGGGCUUACACCAGUGAACAUCAGAUGGAGCUGCUAGAUUAUGUAGCAGCAAAGUUCCAUGAAGAAGCUGGCAUUUUCAAGCUACUGAUUAUUGAUUCAGUAAUGGCACUGUUUCGAGUGGAUUUCAGUGGUCGUGGGGAGUUGGCUGAACGACAGCAAAAGUUGGCUCAGAUGUUGUCACGACUCCAAAAAAUCUCAGAAGAAUACAAUGUGGCUGUGUUUGUGACCAAUCAAAUGACUGCUGAUCCAGGCGCAACAAUGACUUUUCAGGCAGACCCCAAAAAACCCAUCGGGGGACACAUUCUGGCUCAUGCUUCAACGACAAGAAUAAGCUUGAGAAAGGGAAGAGGAGAACUCAGAAUUGCCAAGAUAUAUGACAGCCCUGAGAUGCCUGAAAAUGAAGCCACCUUCGCAAUAACUGCUGGAGGAAUCGGGGAUGCCAAGGAGUAGGUGGAGAAUUGAUGCAAAUUGCUUCUUAGUGCUUAUUAGGAGCUGAAGAAAUAGAAAAGUAGUCUCAAAUUUCAGAUCCUCAAGUAAGAGUUUGUUUUUUUCACGUGUUAUUAAAGGAAAGUCAGCAAGAGAUUGAAAUCUUAAAUUUAUCUUAAAAGUCCUUGAUUUAUAAUAACUAUACAUGUUAAUUCAGGAAUA